GAAGCAUAUCAGAACUCCCGCCUCACAAGCCAGUAUAGAGCGUGGAGUCUUACUCAGAGCACAGCGUAGCCAAGUGGAGGCUGGGUGGUACUGUGACUGCCAGCAGAAGUAUGUAGCUCAGCACACAGACUUCCAUAAUCAAGAAGCGGUUAAGAAAAGCGUCAAUACAAGCAAGAUGUUACUCAGGAGGGAGUCUUCCCUCAGCACCAUCACAGAGGUUGACAGUAACAUCUCCACACCUCCGCAGGAGAGACGGUUUUGGAAACACAGUAAUACCGUCGCUCCCAGCUUCCUCCAACCUGGGGAUCGCCCCAGCCAACCUGGUGAUCGCACCAGCCAACCUGGGGAUCGCCCCAGCCAACCUGGGGAUCGCCCCAGCCAACAUGGCGUUCGCCCCAGCCAACCUGGGGAUCGCACCAGCCAACCUGGGGAUCACCCCAACCAACCUGGGGAUCGCCCCAGCCAACCUGGGGAUCGCCCCAGCCAACAUGGCGUUCGCCCCAGCCAACCUGGGGAUCGCCCCAGCCAUCCUGAGUUUCGCCAUGGAAUAUUUAUUAUUAAUGACUCAACGAAGCUGGGAGAUGGGAACUCCUCCCUCAUGGUGGGGGAAAGCGACGGACAUACUGCUGAAGAAAGCAGUGAGGGCUGGGGGGUGCGGCACACCCUGACGGCGGUCUCCUGCCUGGGUGUGGCUAUACAGUUCGCCAUGCGGAUGAACUUGUCCAUCGCCAUCGUGGCCAUGGUGGGUAUACGCGUCUCCAACACCACCAACAAGACCUUUGACGACACAUGCCCUCUCCCGGACAACGGAGGCAAUAACGACACGUCGGGCGACACCGGUCAGACGGAAGGGGACUUCGACUGGAACGAGCAGACACAAGGACUGGUUCUGGGGUCGUUCUACUGGGGGUACGCUACCACGCAGAUCUUGGGGGGAAGGGCAGCGGAGUACUUCGGGAGCCGCAUUGUGUUUGGCCUCAGCGUCUUCCUCGGCUCCCUCCUCACCCUCCUGAACCCUGUCUGCGCCUGGGCGUCCCUAGAGCUCUUUAUCUUCAUCAGGAUUGUGCAGGGCGCUAUUCAGGGUGUCACCUUCCCGGCCUUGUGUCAUCUCCUGGCUACGUGGAUGCCGCCUCAAGACAAGGCCAAGCUCGCCUCCAUCGUGUAUUCUGGGAUGCAGGUGGGCGUGAUUGUGGGCUCUGUGGGAAGUGGGUGGUUGUGUGACUCGGAGUUCCUGGGAGGGUGGCCAUCCACCUUCUACGUGCUCGGGGUGGUAGGCCUGAUCUGGUGCGUGCCGUGGUUCCUCCUCGUCCACGACACGCCCAAGUUCCACCCAAGGAUCUCUCCUGCCGAGCUAAGCUACAUCCAGUCCAAUGAGGAUUCUCUUGCCACAAGUAAGAUUAAAGUGAUCCCAUGGAAGGCGAUCAUGAUGUCUCGUCCGAUGUGGGCGGCGAUAAUGUGUUACGUGGGCUCCAACUACUUCUUCUUCACCCUCCUCACGGAGUUACCUUCCUACCUCAGCAACAUCCAACACUUUGAUAUAAACCAGAACGGUUUGGUGGCCUCGCUGCCCUCUCUGGCAAUGAUCAUCAUCGCUGUAAUAUGGGGUAUGCUGAUGGAGGCACUAACGAAGAGACGGGUGCUGUCCGUACUGUCUGUGAGGAGGCUCUCCUCUGCCGUGGGAUACUACAUCCCUUCUGUACUCCUGUUCACCGUGUGCUUCGUCAAGUGCGACUCCACAAUGGCCGUCGUCGUCAUGACGCUGGCGAUGGGCAUCAACGGGACCUGCUACAGCGGUGGAAGCCUCAUCGAGCAGGACAUCGCGCCCAACCUAGCCAGCACCUUGGUGGGCUUCAACAACACCAUCGGUGCCAUCACAGGCUUCCUCUCACCUGUCAUCACCGGUGCCAUCACCAAGGACAACCAAACUCUGAGUGGGUGGAACACAGUGUUUAUUGUGGCUGGCGCCCUCAACAUCUUCACUACCACCGUCUACAUGAUCCUCAUGUCAGCCGAGGUUCAGCCAUGGAAUAACACGCAGCACGCACUAAAUCUUAAAUGAGGUGUGUGUCAACGUUGUUGGUGAGCGAAGGUACCAGCAGAGGGAAAGAAACAACCCAAUAUCCUCUCGCUUGCCUGGGGCAGCGCCCCCACAUAUAUAUAUAUACAUAGUAUAUAUAUAACCUUGUUAUGUAUUACUGUAUGUGUUUGGUUACUAGAUUUAUAAUAUUACUGCGUCCACUAAGCACUCUUACUACUGGCCAGGAACAGCCUCUAUACAGUAUUAUCCAGAAAGAUUCCUAAGAAGUCAAUUGAUGAGGUCAAGAGGGACAUACUGCCCUGAGAGUAUAUAUAAAACAAGAUGUUCUUAUCUUCGUUAAGUUAGGAUACAAUAUUGUAAAGAGUAGAAUUGACGAAAAUGACUAUUGUACUCAUGGAAUCCUCUGUGGAUCCACUUGCCAUGGGUUUCUAGCAUCGAGUUUCAUGCUUAUGAAAUAAAAGGCUUUGUUGUGUA